AUGAAGGCUUACACACUGAGUCUCGGGCUCCUUGCCGGGCUCGCACUUGCUCAGAGUGACUCAACGGCCGAGGAGGUCUUUGGAGCUAUCGACCAGUGCAGCACGGCCAACUUUGACCAGUGCCUGAAAGAUUCUACUGCACCUCAUCGUUGCCUCAAGGUUCAGAAGUUUGCUGACUGCCCUGAUCAGUCACCUUGUCUCACAAAAUGUGGUACCGACCGUGGUGGCGCAUGGUGUGGUGAAGGAGGGACCUGCUUCUGCGACCAGGGCUGGGAUACCGCUCAGCCUGCUCCCGCAGACCCUUAUGACCUCUCAUGGGUGAAGAAGUGGGCUGCUAUUGGUGAUUCUUACUCCGCCGGCAUUGGCUCCGGUUCGCCGUACCCCAACAGCUCAACCACCUGCGCUCGUUACGACCAGUCGUACCCAGCCUACAUGCAAUCCCACGAACUCAUGCCCGAGUCUGCUCAGUUCGAGUUUCUUGCCUGCUCCGGCGCCACCGCCCCCGAGAUCCUUGCCAACCAGGUCUCCGCGCUGGGCACCGGCUACGACAUCAUCACCGUCAGCGCUGGCGGCAACGACGUCGGCCUGACCAGCAUUCUCAACGCCUGCAUCUUCCAAUGGAACCCCUUUGCCAACUGCCCUGACGAGAUGCAGGCCACGCUGAACCUCAUCCGGGAUACUCUUCCAGGCAACUUGGAUAAGCUGUACGCUGGUCUCAAGAACAAGAUCAACCCGGGCCGCAAGAUUUACGUCACGGGCUACGCGAACUUCUUUGAUAACACCACGACUGCCUGCGACGACGUCAGCUGGUCGUUCUGGUUCAACAGCGCCAACAAGCAGAAGCUCACCACUGAGCGCAGGACGCUGAUGAACGAGCUCACUACUGCCGUCAACAACGUCAUCCAGGCCGCGGUCAGGAGAGCCGGUGCCUCAUUCGAGUUUGUCGACUACAAUCAGUACUUCUCCGUGCUCCAGGGCCGCUUCUGCGAGGGCGCCACCAAGGAACCCAACGGAAACCGCGAUGGUCUUCUCUUCUUUGAGUGGUCUAGCAAGAACGACGAUACCACCCUCGCGAGACGGGAAGCCGAGCCCGAGGUCGCAUCUUUCAACAACGACCAGAUGCUUCCUCGUGCGACUCCCACGAUUGGAGAUGUCGAUUCGUCUCUGGAGAUGCGCAGUAGCAAGCUGGGCCUCUUAUCCAUCCUCUCCAAGCGCGCCGGACAGAUCUGGAGCGCCUUCCCGCGCAGACAGACCACCAAGUCCAACACAAAGACGCCCGUCCUAGAAGUCCGCCAGGGCACGGUCGCGUCGCCGUCAAUGGAGCAGUACAUCGCCGACCAAAUCACGGAAGCGCGCAAACGCAACUCAAGCCUUGUCAUCUCCCUCGCUGAUAACAGCGCCGCGGACCCAGCCUUCAGAGGCCGCAACAAUAUCGAGGUCUCGGACUUCAUCGGCGACGAGAUCAAGCGGGUGUUCCACCCGCGUCCCGGUGGCCACGCCGUGAUUGCGAACCUCGUCAUGUGGCGUCUGGCCGAGGAUAACGCCGCGACUGUCGGCGACAAGGAGUUUGGUGCCACGGAGGCUGCGGGCUGCGCUGUUCCUGUGCCGAGCACGCCGUCUAUGCCUGAGACGAUUCCCGGCGUGCUGCCGAAUUGUCAGGCUGCUGCGCUCAAGUGCCUGAACUGCUUGGGUGGCGCAAGCGGUCUUGGUGUGUUUGUUUGCAAUUUCCAGCACCACUCUGAUUGCAAUGCUUGUGGCGGUGGUGACGGAUGCCCGUGCUAG